AGGGAAAGCUACAACAACGCCGAUGAGAAGGGUGUGCGUGGAUCCAACUACCAGCAACAGGAAUCACAAUCUUAUGAAGAUCAAUUCUACAUCACUGUUGGAUCUGCAAGUCAAGUGAAAUGGCAGCUCUCAAUGAUCUUUAUCAGUGCUCUGUGUGUCUAGAUACACUGAAAGAUCCGGUCACUAUACCCUGUGGACACAAUUAUUGUCAGAGUUGCAUCAGUGGUUGCUGGAAUCAGGCAGCUCAGACAGGUGUGUAUAGUUGUCCUCAGUGUAGAGAGACGUUCAGUCAAAGACCUGCUCUGAAGAAGAAUACUGUCUUGACUGAGCUGAUUGCCCAAAUCAAGAUUGCUGAGGAUGCUUCUGCUGAACUGUGCUUAGCUGAACCAGGAGACGUGGAGUGUGAUUUCUGCACAGAGAGAAAGCUCAAGGCUGUUAAAUCCUGCCUAAUGUGCCUAGCAUCUUUCUGCGAGACCCAUGUCCAGCCUCACUACAAAUCCCCAGCCUUCAAAAAGCAUGACCUCAUAGAGGCAUCUGCACACCUCCAAGAGAAGGUCUGCCCUAAUCAUGGCCGUCUACUCGAGAUGUUUUGCCGUACAGAUCAGACGUGCAUCUGCAUGUUGUGCGCUACAAAUGACCACAGAGGCCAUGACAUGGUCUCAACAGCCGCUGGAAGUCAGGAGAAGAAGAUAACUAUUGGGAAGGUGAGGAAGACGUCAAUGGAGCAAACUCAGGAGAGAGAGAAGAAGCUGAAUCAGCUGAAGAAGGCUUUAGGUUCUCAUCAGGUGAAGUAA